GCCUGGAAGGGCGCAGUGAGGGUGUAGCUGCAGGUGACGGGGCUGCACGGCGAGUACGAGUGCGGGAUGUCCUUAAACGCCACCUGCGUCAAGGCAGGAGUGGACUUGUGCAUGCUGCAAAGAAAAAGCGCUGACGUCAGCAAUGCCAGCACCCCUUCGUCAUGACAUCUGCAAACUGACAUGGAGGCCCUGAAGCUGGGGGCUUCAUCCAGUUUGACGUGCCACAGGGUCUUGACAGACGGAUUUUGGCAUCAACGCGGGGUGCCGGGACCGCAGAAAAGUCCUCCUGUGCCCCGUCUCAUGUAGGCCACAAACUCCGUGCGCUGAGGAUGGCCCUGCCAAAGACGACUGGUGUUCACGCUGGAGACAAUCGGCAUGACUACAGCGAUCCCGACAACACGCAGACGGCGAGCACAGCAAGCGGCACGCUGGAGAACGCCCUGAAGAAGAGAAAGAUUAAGAGGAGACUGUGGAUCAACUUGACCACCUGCAAGUAUGAAAGUGUGCGGCGUGCUGCUCGACGUUUCGGCCUCAGAGAAGCGAUGGAAGGCGACGACUGGACACUGAUGUGGUCUGACUGCUCCGUGUCUCUGGAGAGAGUGAAGGCCAUGAAACCGUACCAGAAGAUCAAUCACUUUCCCGGCAUGAUCGAGAUCUGCCGCAAGGACACGCUGGCCAGGAACCUGAACCGCAUGUUCAAGCUCUUUCCCAAAGACUACAACAUCUUUCCCAGGACUUGGUGCCUUCCCGGAGACUACAGCGACUUCCUGGCAUUCACACGCCUCAAAAAGCACGCCUCCUUCAUCUGUAAGCCCGACGUCGGCUCCCAGGGCCGUGGCAUCUUCAUCACAAGGUCCAGCAGGGACGUUCAGCCCGGGGAACACAUGAUCUGCCAACUGUACAUCUCUAGGCCUUUGGUGGUGGACGGCUACAAGUUCGACCUGCGUCUGUACGUGUUGGUGACGUCAUGUGACCCGUUGAGGAUAUUCCUAUUCAAGGAGGGUCUGGCCCGCUUCUGCACCACCAAGUACACUUUCCCGACGCACGGCAACGUGGACCAGGUGUGCAUGCACCUGACCAACUACUCCAUCAACAAGCACAGCCACAACUUCGUCCGCGACGACCAAACCGGCAGCAAGCGGAAGCUCUCGGCGCUUAUGGAGCGGCUGGAGGCGGCGUGCGGCGACACGGCCAAGCUGUGGAGCGACAUGGAGGACGUGAUCGUCAAGACGCUGAUCUCGGUCCAUCCCGUCUUGCAGCACAACUACCACACCUGCUUCCCCGACCACGCCGCCGCCAGUGCCUGCUUCGAGAUCCUCGGCUUCGACAUCCUGCUGGACCACCGCCUGAGGCCCUGGCUGCUGGAGGUCAACCACUCCCCGAGUUUCACCACCGACUCGCCGCUGGACUGCGAGGUGAAAGACGCGCUGCUUUACGACACGCUUCUCAUCAUCAACUUGGACGCCUGCAACAGAAGCAGAAUCUCCAAGGAGGAGCGCAGGCGGGCCAAAGAGCGUUUGCAGGAUAACCCAUCCAGACGUGCCAGGUCCGAGGAUCUGCGGCGGUGCCAGGCGGCCUGCGCCCGGCAGACAGCAACGUACGAGAGCAAGCACCUAGGCGGCUUCAGGAGGAUCUUUCCCCGGGAGGCGGGCGGGGGAGACAAGUACAACAAAUUCUUCGACCAAAGCAACGCGCUGGUCCAGACCACGGAAGUUUCCAGAGCCCGUCAGGAGCGUGCCAGGCAGCAAGUGCAGCAGCAGCGGGACAAGGAGCGGGACUGUCUGGGGGAGACGGCGGGGGAGCGGCCCAGACCAGGGCCCACACGACGCAGACCGCGCACAGGCCGCCCGGAGGCGGACCCGCAGCCGCCUGCUGCUCCGGUCCCGCUGAAGAAGGAGGACGAGGAGGAGGUAGAGCGGGUGGAGGUGCUGCUCCAGAGGAAGAAGCUGAUGCUGGGCUUGGGGGUGGUCCGGCAGAUCCGCCAGCUGUUGCAGGGCCGUAACCAGGCCGGGGGGGUCUUGCAGGAAGCCGUCCCUCACAAGCAGCGGCCGAGGCAACUUUUGAAGUUGGACUUUUUGACGCCCUAUGCUCAAAACACGUCCUGCACUUUCACCUCAAAGAAGAGCUCGCUCAAGAACGUAAACACGCUCGAGGCAGAAAGCCGCCACAGGCCAAGAGACAAAAGGCGGCGCUUCAGUGUUCGGAAGGUCCUCAGACGAGGUGAGAAGUCCCGCCUUUCAGCGCACUUGAAGGACGUCGCCGUUUGUGACCCGGGUCACGUCGAAGCAGAGUCUGAUCUUGUUUUGGUCCGAGGCGUCCCCUCGGCGCCUCGCCGCGAGGCCGCUUGGGGCUCCUACAGACGCCCCCGCGAUGUGGUCCCCAGAGGACGGCGAGACACCCAUCACUGCCCCUCAGACCUGUACGGCCUCUCGGUCACCGCCACUCGCCCCCUCCCUGUGCUCAGAAGGCCCGGGCCUGUCCCGCACGGCGAAAGACGCCGGGACCACAAAGCAGAUCCUGCAACACUGCAGGAUGUCCGGCAUGAAACAGUCAAAGAUUUAACUUCGCUUUAGUCACCUCCUGCUUUGUUUUGCUCUCAAAUGUGCCAACAUGAACACAAACAGGCCUAUAAAAUAAAUUCCAAUUGCAUA